GCGGCUCUGUUGGAGAGAAUAUGCGAGAUAGAUUCUACAAAACGAUAUAUUUUUAUCUGCAGAAUCUUGCCCGAGAACAUAAAGAAAAACAAUAAACGAUGCUGUGAAUUUUAACUGGAUACUAGGAUUUUUUAAAUGUAAUAAGAUAUUUUUCACAAAGGUUACUGAAGCGACUUCAGUGCUGUGUCUAGCCAGCCAUCAUCGGGUGGAUGACAACAAAUACUUCAACCGGAAAGUUAUAUUCGUGAAUGUAACUGUAUAUGUAUUGAUACGUGCGCAUACAUAAGUAUCAGUCUAUAAUCCCCAGCUCCACCGUUAUAAGUCACCGCUUGUGUUGGACAGGUGUAGUUAUAUGAUGAGUGACGGAAUCCCGUGUGAUGCUGAUUCCAGUGCGGAAGGAAGCCAUGUUAAAACAAAUCAAGGAAUGUGGGCCAACAAAAUGGAGUACAUCAUGUCACUGGCUGGUUAUACCACGGGUAGUUCCGACUUUUGGAGAUUUCCCUACCUGAUCUGGAGACACGGAGGAGGGACGUUUAUCCUGGCCUACGUCAUCUGUGCCAUUGUUAUAGCCGUUCCUCUGUACUACCUGGAGAUAGCCGUUUCCCAGUUCUCAGGACGAGGGAUGUUUGAUGUUUGGGACAUCUCUCCUAUUAUGAAAGGAUUAGGAAUAGGGAUGUUUAUCAUUAACUUCGAAUACCUCAUGAUAUCACCAACCUUUCGAUUAUGGAUUAUGGAAUAUAUCGGAUACAGCUUCAUGUCCCCGUUACCAUGGAAACGAUGUGACAACCCAUGGAACACUCCUGCUUGUGUUGAUAACUACAUCACUCAAUCAGUAAUGAACACAACACUGAACAUUACGGAAGUGUCGGCAUAUAAUGUGUCACCACAGGUUCCCACACCACAGGUGCUAGCUGAAGAGGAGUUCUUCCUACACAAGAUACUACAGCUGUCAGGAUCUGUAUACGAUUUACGAACACUACGCUGGGACCUGUGUAUCUGUCUACUUGUCUUCUCCACUGCUUGUGCUACCUGUGUGGUUAAGAGUGUGGAAUCCAUAGGAAAGGCAAUGUAUGUGUUGACGUUUUUGCCUAUUUUGCUGUUGAUCAUUAUCUGGAUACGUACACUAGUUGCGCCUGGAUCCGUAGCGGGGAUGCGUUAUUUUCUUACUCCAGACAUCACAAAAUUGGGAGAAGUAGAGUUAUGGGUCCAAGCUGGCUUUGCCGCUGCCUUCUCCCUUUGUACAGCCAAUGGUGGAAAUAUGGAGAUAGGGAGUCGGGCUUCAUUCCGGACAAAUGUAUUUAGCGCCUCGGUCAUUCCGUGUGUGAUGGAUGUUGUGGGGAGUAUCUUCACCAGCAUGGUAAUAUACUCUGUGAUCGGGGUGAUGGCGCACGAGAGUGGCAUGGAGCUUGGACAGACGCUAUUUGCUGGAAACUCAGCAGCUUUUGUAGCCUUCUCCAGGGCAUUUUCGUUCUUUCCGUUGCCUAACCUAUGGCUUGUGCUAUUCUUUGUGGCGUUCUUGGUGGCGACAUCGGACAUUGUGAUAUUUUACUACGAAAUACUGAAAAGGUUCCUCGAACAAUUUGUCCCGGGUCUUAAGACUAGACCAAAGACAGCAUUUGUCGCCAUGUUCGUCAUCGGUUUUCUGAUCGGUCUACCAUUCUGCACACAGGCGGGAGCAUAUAUGUACCAGAUAAUUGGUUGGUACACGGCAUCGAUGGGCGUGUUCAUCAUGGCCACUCUUGAGUGUGUGAUUUUCAUGUGGAUUUACGGAGGACAAAUGCUUGACGAAAAUAUAAAGUUGAUGAAUGGAACUACGAUGCCUCACAUUAUACGGUUUGCGGCCGCAUUUAUAUGCCCUGUUAUUUUCAUGGUGUUCCUGGUACUUGGUAUCGUCCGAUACAAACCCCCAGUGUUUGGUACUUACCACUAUCCUAGUGUUGUUGAAGGGAUUGGUAUUGUAAUCAGCCUACUACCUCUGAUACCACUACUCUACUGGAUAAUGCUGAGUCUGUACAGAAACAGGGGAAAUGGAUUUUCGAAAAAGGGCCUAAUAAAGUUGUUCCAGCCGAGUGUUCUCUGGGGACCGCGUGAUUUAGAGGUCGUCGAUGAGUACCAGGAAGUAGCGGCCAGACCUAAGAGCUGGUCACAGACGGCUUACUAUAACCUCACAGGUCGAGAAAGAAAGAUAACUCGUCCAACAACCUGUGAACAGCCUUACGUCAUGACAAAGAUGAUUUAGAUUCACACGUAGUUACUGGAAUAUGUUUCGUGUCUCUGUAGUUAUAGUUAGCAUGCUAUCAUUAAAACAGCACCUGUAUUCCUUGCA